CGGAUUUGGGCAGGGACACUUACAGUAGGAGGAGGCAGUCUGGGUUAGAAGUUCAGCAAUGUUAAAGAGUUGAUUCAUCCCAGGGUAAUACAUCUGUCGGUGCAGUACAUAAGAAGCAGAGACCAGGCAGCAGAAGCUGCUCGCUAUGGCUUACCCACCAGAAAUCUCUAGGAUCGAUGCCAACAAACUCAAAAAUGAUCAAGAGCACAGGACCCAGGGUAUACGGGGCAAGGAGCUUUUUCUUCGCAGAGGACAACUCUUUAGCAUCACAUUGCACUUUUACAAGAGAGGAAGCGAGGAAAAGUUUGACAGCUUGAGGCUUACAGCCCAAACAGGUCCAUACCCAUCUCAACAAGCGGGGACCCUGAUACAAUUCCCAGUGACAAGGCUGCGGGACAAUACAUGGAGUGCUGAGGUGGAGGGUGACUCGAUCAAUCCAUUAACACUGACCAUUUGCACCUCUGUAAAAGCUUCUAUUGGGCGAUACAGUAUGAACUUAGAGGGCAUCUACAGAGGAAAUACCAAAUCUUACUACUUAGGAGAUUUCAUUCUACUCUUCAAUCCGUGGUGCUCAGAGGAUGAUGUAUUUCUAGAAGAUGAAGAUUUGAGGCAAGAAUAUGUGAUGACUGAACAUGGCUUAUUGUAUCAGGGAAGCAAAGCCUUUAUUGUCACCACUCCAUGGAACUUUGGUCAGUUUGAAGAUGGAAUAGGUGAAAUCUGCCUGAAAAUCUUAGACAUGAACCCCAAUUAUCUGAAGAAUCCAUCUUUAGAUUGCUCCAAGAGAGGAGACCCUGUGUACGUCAGUAGAGUCAUCUCUGCUAUGAUCAAUUCUAAUGAUGAUCAAGGAGUGAUUGAAUCUUCCUGGGAUGAGCUCUUCAGCAAUGGUGCCAACCCAAGCACGUGGAAUGGAAGCGUUACUAUUCUCAGACUUUGGCAUAACAGUGGGUGCAGGCCAGUUCGAUAUGGACAAUGCUGGGUUCUAGCUGGUGUGAUGUGUACAGUGAUGAGAUUCCUAGGAAUUCCUGCUCGUGUAGUGACAAACUAUGAAUCUGCACAUGAUACAAACUUCAGCCUGACUGUAGAUGAGUAUUAUGAUGAAACUGGGAAAAAGUUGGAACCACCUCAAGGAGACAGUGUCUGGAAUUUUCAUGUCUGGAAUGAAUGUUGGAUGGCAAGGAAAGACCUACGCCCAGGUUAUGAUGGCUGGCAGGUUCUGGAUCCCACCCCACAAGAGAUCAGUGGAGGGACGUAUUGCUGUGGUCCAGCCCCUGUUAAAGCGGUCAAAGAAGGAGAGGUAGAUGUAGAUUAUGAUGUUGCAUUUGUGUUCACGGAGGUGAAUGGUGAUGUUAUUCCCUGGGUUCUACGAGAUGGUGGAGUAGAGAAAGGGGAGGUGGAUACCCUUACCAUUGGCAAAUCCAUAAGUACGAAAAGCGUUGGUAGUAGUCUCAGAGAUGAUAUAACGGAUCAGUACAAGUAUAUAGAAGGAACUACUCAGGAGAGAGCGAUAUUUGAAAAAGCUAUGGCUAAAUUGAAAUCUAAGAAGCCAUUUAUGGAAAGAGAUUCGAUUGUGGCGCUGGACUUUAACGCAUCCUUAAAGUUAGCACAAUCCCCACUGAUUGGACAGACAAUCAUUCUUCUGUAUUACAUUCGUAACAGAGGCUUUGAACCGAAAAAGUUCUCCAUAAUUGUCAGUGCCCAAGAGAUGAUGUAUAAUGGAAAGGCUUUGGAGCAGUUCUGGACUGACAGUUUUGAGGUUGAUGUCAGUCCAGGGAAAGAUAUGGAGACAAGUUUUCAGCUUCAUCCUUUCCAUUAUCAGAGAUUUGUGCGUCCUGGUAAUAACAUCAGAGUCACCGCACUGGCCACAGAUCUAAAGACCAAGAAACUGAAGUUAGCAUCUAAAAACAUCAUAUUUGAGGUUCCUGCAAUAGAUAUGCAAAUUUAUGGUAUUCCACGGCUCAACCAACCUCUUAGUGUCAUCAUAUCCUUCAAAAACCCUCUCAAUGAGAUCCUGAAUGGCUGUGUGAUGACUGCAGAAGGUACAGGUCUCUUCCCUGGUGGCCCCGUCAGAGUGCAAAUGGAUCAGAUAUUUCCUGGCAGAGUUGGCUUUGUAAGGAUCUUCUGUGUACCGUUUAAAGGAGGAAGACUGCAGCUGGAGGUGAACUUUUCCUGCAACAAGAUAAAAUACAUCAAGGGAAGUGCAGUUAUUGAUGUCCCAUGGAAAUAACUAAGAAAUGUCCCAAGAUGUAUAUUACAUCUGCUUCCCAAGAAAGCCUGGAACACCAAUCUCAAUUUCGGAGCACACAUUCACUACAUAAUUCUCACCAUAUAUGUAUUGUCUUCCUUAUAUUUAUACACUUUUUGUAAAUAAACAAAUGUGAAAUAUAUUAAUGGGAUUAUUUUUAGUUGCCAACAGGAAUAAAUUUAGUUUCAAGCAUAAACUAACACUUUUUACCUUUUAUGUUUAUUAUAUUCAGUCCACAAAGCUCCUCCCCUAGGCUGUCCACAUUUGUGCAGACCCUGCCUCUUCUGUAAGCUGCUUCCUAAUUUUUAAAAGUGGUUUCAAGGACAUAUUAAACUCUUGUCACCAAGAUCAACCCUAUUAAACAUAGCAUGGUGCCUGGCAGGGUUAUUCUUGUAGUAUUCAAUGCUGCCUUCCAUUCUGCAAUUGGAUUCUCCAUUGCAGACAAAUCCUAACUUU